CAUAAAUAGGCAGCAGGCCAGUCCCAGCCCACACACAGACCCCCAACUUGCGGUUGUUCACCUCGCCACAGCUCUGCCUUCAUAUCACCUGAACCACAGCCAUGGCUCAGUCACUGGCUCUGAGCCUCGUUAUCCUGGUUCUGGCCUUCAGCAUCCCUCGGACCCAAGGCAGUGAUGGAGGGGCUCAGGACUGUUGCCUCAAGUACAGUGUAAGGAAGAUUCCAGCCCAGGUUGUCCGCAGCUACCGGAAGCAGGAGCCAAGCUUAGGCUGCCCCAUCCCAGCUAUCCUGUUCUCGCCCCGGAAGCGCUCUCAGCCAGAGCUUUGUGCAGAUCCUAAGGAUGCCUGGGUGCAGCAACUGAUGCAGCAUCUGGACAAGCCACGGAAAGAAGUCCAGGGCUGUAGGAAAGACAGAGGGGCCUCCAAGGCUGGCAAGAAGAGAAAAGGCUCCAAAGGCUGCAAGGGGACUGAGCAGGCACAGACCCCAAAAAGGCCAUAGCCCAGUGACCAGCCUGGAGCCCUGCAGGCCCCCACCAGCCUCAUCAGGGAUCAGAUCCCUAACCCAAGGGCAAGAAGGGGGCUAGGACAGAGGAAGGACUCCAGGGCCCCAGAGCAGCCACCCUAUGCUGGCCUUGCCACACUCCUCCUGCUUCAACCAUCCCAUCUGCAUUACCAGCCCUACCCUGCAAGGCUGAGCUGCCCACGCCAGGCCUGGCCCAGAGAGGCAGAGGAGGGAGAGUCUCCCAGGGAGUAUGAGAGGUGGCAGCAGGACUGUCCCCUCUGAGGAGAAGCCACUCAGGACUCUGGACCUGAUCUUGCUCCCCAUUGCACCCGCCUCUUUCUUGUAAAUAUGAUUUGCAUCUAAUUGAAUAAAAUGCUG